AUGGAAAUGUACAAUAAAGAAUUGGCUGAUAAUGCAGCUAUGAUUCGUGGUACAAGCAUACCAAUUGAGCCUCCAUCAUUAUCACAAAAUCCUGAAUUAAAUCAAGUUCGCAAACUUUUAUUUUUCUUCAUUGGAAUCGAUUUAGUAUUUAGUUUGAUCAAUUUUCUUUUUGUAAUUCAUUCAUAUGCAGCUAGUGAAUCAUUAGAAAGUCAAUCACCAAAUAGUAGUUCACAAUUAGCUUUAGUUAUCGUCUCUGUAAUUUAUUAUGGUUUUGGAUUAUUAGUAACACAUCGUUAUUAUCAAACAGGUUUACUUGUUUUAUUCAUAAUACGAUAUGCUUUUAAGUUAUAUACAUUACUUAAAAAAAAUAAGCGUUUAACAAUCGAACAAAUUUAA